AUGUUUUCUUCUUCCCGCUACCCCAAACGACAUCCCCCUUCCCCUUCCUCCCCCCUCGCCUCCCACAGCCCCCUCCCCGCACUCUCAGGUGCAGCCAAGCUGAUCGUCAGGGGCGCGUGUAGGAAUUCUGGUCUAUCAGGGUUACCAGGUGGGUGCUACCAGUUGGUUGCUGUACCAGGAGGGUACUGCUACAUAUCCGGGGGCACCUUGCCCAUAUUCACCUCCCCCUCGUCCGGCCCCACCGGGGGGAUGCUGACUCUGGUCAACCUCAUCUUUCAGGAGUCGAGAGGAGGCAUCUUUCUCAACGUUCGGACAGCGAUCAACAUGACUCGAUGCGACUUCGUCGACAACACGGCUCCUCGCUUUAGCGCAGCGGUUCUCAGUGACACCUUCCCUGCAACAGUCACACCUCCCAGUCGCUUCUUCACACUAUGCAACUUCCGCAACAACACAGUGGCAAUCAACAUCAAUUGGGGGAACUCCCAGGGGAGCGUGCCUGCUAUGACCUUUGUGAACUGUGUCUUCCGGAACAACCGUGUGCCAUGGAGCAUGGGAGGGGUGAUCUCGGUGGCAGGAACUGGCAAUCUUCGGUUCAAGUGGUGUUCGUUUGAUGGGAAUAGCGCUGCUUCGGGUGGGGGUGCCAUCUUCUCUAGUGGAGCCUCCCUUUACUUCCAAGGAGUCAGCUUCUACAACAACAGGGCCCUCAACGUGUCAAAUAUGUGUGGCGCUGGCGGCGCAGUCUACGCCUAUGCAGGGAGCAGCAGCCCGGCGACUCUCCUCUUCUGCUCAGUUGCUUUCUCGGCCAACGUGAGGGAGAAGGCUGUCUCGGUAAAUGGGGAAGAGUGGGCGAGGAGUUGGGGGGGAGUGCUGUGGAGCAGUGGGAGCAGGUUGGCUGGGUUGAUGAUUCUAAUUGCACAGCUAGCCUGCUUUCUCCGCUCUUCCUCCCUCCCCAAACACCCUGCUUUCUCCUCUCUUUCUCCCUCCCCAACCACCCUGAUUUCUCCUCUCUUCCUCCCUCCCCAACCACCCUGCUUUCUCCUCUCUCUUCCCUUCCCAACCACCCUGCUUUCUCCUCUUUUCCUCACUUCCCAACCACCCUGCUUUCUCCUCUCUCUUCCCUCCCCACCCACCCUGAUUUCUCCUCUUGACCUCCCCAUGUUCCCUGGUUUUUUCCUAUUGUCCUCCCUCCCCACACUCCCUCAUUCUUCCUCCAUGCAGACCUGCGCUUGA